GCAACUCAGCCUCUACAAGGACCCAGGAUAGGGUAAAACACUUGCUGUUAACCAACAAGGCAGUCUAGAACAUGGCAGAUGAGAACUUUGAUACCGUUGAGUCUGGUGCAUCAAACACCUAUCCUGCCCAGUGCUCUUCUCUACGCAAAGGGGGCCAUGUUGUCAUGAAGGGACGCCCAUGCAAGAUUGUGGAGAUGUCUACAUCAAAAACUGGGAAACACGGUCAUGCUAAGGUUCAUCUGGUUGGGCUCGAUAUAUUUAAUAGUAAAAAGUAUGAAGAUAUUUGCCCCUCAACUCACAAUCUGGAAGUACCUAUUAUCAAACGCAAGGAUUUACAGUUAGUAGAUAUAAACGAUGGAUAUAUGUCAUUAAUGGAUGAUAAUGGAGAAACGCGAGAAGACCUCAAACUGCCAGAAGACGACUUGGGAAAGGAAAUUAAGGAAAAAUAUGAGAAUGAUGAGCAAAUCUUAAUUACUGUCGUUGAAUCAAUGGGGUUAGAGGCUGCUGUGGCCACUAAGGCUAUGACAAAGGGUUAAGCCCGACAGGGAUGACCACUGGAUGUGCUCUACCAGAUGUCUGGACUUGGAUACCUGUGCUAACACCCAUACUCUGACUGUGACCAAACCUGUAGCGGAAAAUAAGCGAACAGUGUACAUUACUGAUCCACAGCUUUUCAUGGCGAAGAUUUCCAUAAAAUUUGUUUGGCAUAUGAGCUCAUUCGCAGGGGAAUAUACAUGCCAUAUAAUCAUUUCUCUGGUUUUGUUGAAUUUUAUUAUAAAUUUUUUUCCUUUUUUUUUUUCUUCUGCUAUGGUGAUGACCGCUGUUAUGUAUGCCCACAUCUUGGAGAGUGCUUUGUUUCAACCUGUCUCUAUCCUUUCACAUCAGUUUGAUGCCAUGGACUUUUGCAAGGUUCAGUACCACAUUCUGUUGAAUAAAACUCAAAAUCUUGUACUAUCAUUUUCACGAUGAUUGAAUUCUGAAGUGAAUUUUUGAGUGGAGUACGUUUACACAAGUGUUCUCGGAUGUUUUGACAGUUGAUGUAUAAUAUAUAUGUGUUAUUUUCUCUUAGUGUAUUGUAUUUCAUUUGCCUUUCUUGACAUGGUGCUGAGUUUUCUGUAUUUUCUGACCAUCUGUAAUUAAGGCUGUUGUGGGGGAGGGUAUAGGGCGCUAUUAGGGCAGGGGAGGAGGGAGAUUGUGGGUUGGUUAGGGGUGAAUAACACUGGAUAGCAAGAACAUGUAAGAUGGCAUGGUGAGGGGUCAGAAAACUUGUGUAAGAUUGGUGGCAGGAGUGUGCAAGUCCAUAAAGUCAGGGCACACUACAAGGACCAGGGUGGUGUGUGGGUGGUGGGUUAUUAAGGGGUGGGGGUGGGGGGUAGUAUGUAUGUCCAAAUAGUGGGUGUAGAUAACAAAUCAUUGGGCUGGGGUAAAUUUUUGCCUGUAAGGGGGUUAAGCCUUUUUUUAAGAUUAAGCUGAUUAUUAAAUACUAGUAACGCCAUUUUGUGUGGUCAUUCCACUGGUUAGUUGUCAAUUUUGUCCAUGGGAUAUAAAAGUACAAGUAAGUUAUGAAUAGUUGGAGUCCUCGGCAUGUGACCUGAAGGAAACUUGCUAAUUUCAAAAGUAGAACUGUCAGUUGCUGUUUGUAGUUAUCAUUUAACAACCUGUAGUUUUUGUUUUUUUUUAAGUACAUUUUUGCAUCUGCAUUUUGAAACCUAUAAUUGACUUAGCUAUGUAGUUUGGGCGUUCGAAGACGAAACAAAAAUUCAAUUGGAUUUGGCUUUGUUAAUGACUCUCACUUCUAAUAUUUAUCAUCACAGGUAUUAUGCAACAUAUAUGUGUUAUAUUUUGUCUUAUUAUUUUAUGUAGUUACAUUUUAUUUGCUGUUAAUAUCGCAAUAUAAUGUAUGGGGAUGUAGACGGAUCGAGAGAAAAAUCGUACCCCUAAAUGGACUUGUAUAAUGUAGAUUUGCAAGUGUACCACAGAAGGAAAGUUAUGUGGAAAAGACUUUCCGUUCGGCGGUAGCCUAAUUUUUACAUGACGGAGUGACUUCUGCCGAGAAGAAUGGACGUUCUUACAUCUACUUCUUGGUGGGUCACUUUUUCUAUCUUCCUUACAUGUAGUUCGUGCCAAGAACAGAUUCGAUCCAUUUGGUGUCCGAAAUUGUAAAAUCUGACUGUCCGUUUGAUGUCCUCGGAUUCAAUGAGUUUUGAGAAGUAGUGCCAGUCAUUAAGCCAGGCUAGGCCAGGCCAGGCCAACUCAUGGUUCUUAUUCGGGUACUCCGACCGUUUUGACUAAGAUUCUUUGAGAGCCCGUAAUGCCCAGGAAGGAUUUGGAUUUUCAGGGAGGUACUGAAAUGGCGGGGUAUUCUCUUCAUAUCUUUUGAACUGGAUAUUGGAAAGUCUAUGCUUUGAGAUUACAAAUUUCCACAAAUGUUAGGAUCUGUACAAUCUAGUGCAGUUACAAUCUUUAACAGGCGUUUUCAGGGUGUCUUGGACAACACGCGCACUGUGACACGCCUGAAGUAUGACACCAAAAUUCCACUGUUUCACGUACGGCUCAUAUCGAAACCAUCUUAAAACUCGUAUCAAAACCCCAAAUUUAGAGAUUUUUUUCAUUAAUCAUUCGUCUGUGGUUGUGGAUUAGAUUUUGUCUGGUUGCCCACUGGAUUUUGUGGUUGCGCUUCAGAUUUCGUUGGGACUUUGACGAUACCAUUUAUCUGAAGACAAUCGCCUUCUUCUAAGGUUUUUGAAACAAAAUCGAAAGGUGUAGGUUAUAAGGGUUGUGCGAUUAUUGGAAGCAGUAACCUAGGUUUAACCUAAUUUUAGAAAGUCAUCAACAAAUCCGGUGCGUUUAUUAACACUUCGUCUUUUCUCGUAGCUUGACAUUACAUUCGGGAAGAGCAACGGUGACACCAGUGGUUGCAACCUGGCCCUGGGGGCCGCAGUCAUCAAAGCGUAUUGCUUUGGCCAAUGCCAAGAAGGCCAGGAAUCCGUGGAUAUCAUAUCCAUAACUUGCAGCUUCGGAAAGUCUCUGUUUUCAAAUGCAAAUGUAGUAUGUACAUCGAUAGAAGAAAGUCCUAUACUCGCUAUACUGUCAUUCUUUUGUGUAUUCCAUGCAGGUCUUCUAAUGUAUAAACGUACCUGGCCGCUAGCAUAUCGGCUGUUGUCGGUUAUGUCCGGUUGUUUUCCCCGAAAAUUUCUGGUUUCCACAACCCAUAAUCCCAACUGCGGUCGUAAUUCUCGGAACAUGUCACCUUGUAGUUAAUUCCCACCUUUGUAUUCUGUUUCAUCGUAUAGUACUGUGAGUACCCCUUAAAGAAAACUGGGAAAUUUAGGACAGGCCUAUUUCAGUUAACUACCUUGUAUGGAGUCGCACGGAGAAUAAAUAUAAUUUCAUUCUA